ACUAUUUAAUAUGCACUGACAUAUGAAUUUUGAAAAUAUGAUGACUCAUUGUAAAACGAAUACCUUUUAGUGGUUGAGAGUUUUAAAAUUACGCUUUAAAGUUAUAAUUGAAGUUUUGGUUGGACAUAUAUCGAAAUAAUAUUCACACAAUCAAUGCGUGUUUCUGAACAUUUUCUUGAAACAUGAAGUGUGCUUUGCUAGCAAUCAUUGUUUUAAACUUGUUAAGCGAAAGUACUGGUUUCAAUUUUAACAGGAGUAAUAUCAAUCUUUAUGUAUAUGAAAAUGCUCCUAUUAACUCCACAGUGGGACAAAUAACAUUUCAAAAUGAUUCAAGUUAUUAUCCAGUUUUCCAAAUUGUUGAAGACGAUGGGUCAUUUUCUCUUUUUAUUAAUGCAAGCAUUAUAAGUAUUGUUGUCAAUAAACCUUUAGAUGCAGAUUCUGGUAAUCCUCAACAUGUGUUUAUGAUACAAGAAAAAACUUCAGAAAAAGGAAUAAAUGUUGUUAUCAAUAUUUUAAAUGUUAAUGACAAUGCACCUAGAUUUCCACAAAAUCGUAUAUAUUUUAUUAUUAAUGAACCAAUGUUCAAUGGACAACAGGUUGGUCAAAUGCGUGCAACUGACUUGGACAAUGAUAUUAUAACUUAUUCUUUUAAUGCUAGUGCAUCUCCUGUUGAUACUUCAAAGUUUUUUAUUAAUCGCAAUACAGGGAUUAUAACUCCUAAAAGUAUUCCAUCUGACUCUUCUAUUGAUGCAGAAAAAUCACAGUUUCAUGUACUUCAAGUCCUUGCAACUGAUCAGGGUCAAUUGACAGGAUCGAUUUGGGUAAAUAUUAUUGUGUUUGAUCUUAAUGAUAACACUAACAAGUUUUCACAAACUCAAUAUUCAUUCGUAGUAGACGAAAAUGCUGAAAUUGGUACUGUAGUAGGAAAAGUCAGUUCUAUAGAUAAUGACAUUAGCUCUACAAAUUCAAAUAUCACAUAUUAUAUUCUUUCUGGUAUUUAUAAUGACAUUUUCACUAUAGAUCCUAACACAGGAAUGAUCAUCGUUAAUGGAAAAAUUGAUUUUGAAGUUCAAAAGCAAUAUGGUUUACCUGUUUGUGCAACAGAUAAGCAAACUUUAUUUACAGAUGCUCGUGCUAAUUGCACUUUUGUCCAAAUUAAUGUUAUAAAUUUAAAUGACAAUCUUCCAACUAUAUCACCAGUUAAUUAUUUUUUGACUUUAUCAGAAAAACAAGUGACUAAUCUUGCAUAUCAAUUUCUUGGUGUUGAUGCUGAUGGUUCAAAACCAACGUUUGAGUUUAACACAUCACUAACAUCUUCUGUUGUAAUGAAGCUUUUUAAUUUAAAUCCAGCUACCGGACUUUUGACACUAAAUGGAAAAAAGUUUGACUAUGAUGAUCCAGAUAAAGUUAAUCUUCCUUAUUUUGUUUAUGUAGUUGUUAGAGAUUCUGAAGCACCAUUUAAAUAUGGUGGUUCUUCAAGAUUAAUUAUAGGUGUUAAAGACACAAAUGAUAAUUCACCUAUAUUUGACAACUCAAGUUAUCUAUUUACAGUGAAUGAGAAUUCUGUCAUUGGUACUGUUAUUGGUAAUGUUAAUGCAACAGACUUAGAUAAGACAGCAUCACCACGACUCUAUUUUGAAUUGAACAAUAGAUAUGCAAAUACUAUUAAGGUUGAUCAAGUCUCAGGUACAUUAACAGUUGUUGGAGUACUUGAUUAUGAAAGUCUUGCUUUUUAUUACUUAACUAUAUGUGCAACUGAUCAAGCACUUGAUGUUACUCAGACUUUCCCUGCAAAUGAACAACGCGUAGGGUGCACUUUUGUAACCAUUGCUAUAAAUGACUUGAAUGACAAUUUGCCUUACUUUGAAAAUUUGUUGCUAAGUAUUGACAUUUCAGAAAAAUCUCCUACAGGGCUAAAAGUAUUUACAUUUUUUCCAAAAGACAAAGAUAGUAAUUCAGUGAACACACUGCAGUGCAUACUAAAUAACACUUACACAGACUCUAGAAGGUUUAGUUUAGAUCAAAAUACUUGUGUACUGACUGUUUCUGCAGUUGGUCUAAUUGAUUACGAGGAAAAAAAACAGUUUGAUUUAUAUGUAAAUCCAUAUGAUGGCACAAAUUUUGGAACUGAAACUCAUCUCAUUAUUUAUUUGAUUGAUGUGAAUGAUAACUCUCCACAGUUUUCAUCCUCAGUCUACUUUUUUAAAAUUGAUGAAAAUUCAGCAUUUAACACCACAUUAGGAAAUGUUUUUGCCAUUGAUAAUGAUGUUACUGCAUCAAAUAAUCAAGUAAAUUAUUUCAUUUUAAAUAAUCAGUCUCCUUUUGGAAUACUGAGUUCAGGGAUCAUCUAUGUUAAGAGCCCAGUUGACUAUGAAAUUACUGCAUACUAUAAUCUCUCUGUGUGUGCUUCAGAUAAUGCCAUUGAUUAUAAACAACUUAAUCCAUCAGCUGAGUCAAGAAUUGGUUGUGCUAUAGUAAAUAUAGAAGUUAAUAAUUUGAAUGACAAUAAACCAGUUUUUACUCAAAAAGCAUUCUCUGUAAAUAUAGAAGAAAAGAUUUUAACUGGAACUUCAAUUUUGAAGCUAACAGCAUUUGAUGCUGACGGAGUUUCUCCAAAGUUUAUUUAUAAUUACACAGCAAUGUCAAGUACUACUUUAAGUAAAUUUAAUUUGUCCGAAAAUGGUGAUAUAAUCGUAACAGGAGUUAUUGAUUAUGAAGAAGGUAUUCAAACUUUUGUUUUAGUGGUACUUUUAGUUGAUGGUGCUGAUGGUCAGGUGUCAACCUCAACAAAUGUGAAUAUAUACUUGUCAGAUGUAAACGAUAACUCUCCAGUUUUUACUAAUGUUUACCACUUCAGUGUAAAAGAGGGUGCUUCACCUGGAACACCAGUUGGCACUGUUUUAGCUACAGAUCCUGAUAUUUUAAAAUUAACAUAUUUUAUUAUGAAUACACAAAGUUUAUUUGAGUUGGAUAGUGUAUCAGGCACUAUUACAGUAUCAAAAGGGGCAACAAUUUCAUAUAAAGCUCUAGAGUACUUACUGACUGUAUGUGCCACUGAUAAUUAUAUAGACGCACAAGAGUGGAGUCCAUCAAAUGAAAAACGUACUACAUGUACUGUUGUCACUAUCACAAUUGAGUCAGAAACAUUGCCCAAGUUUGUUGGGGGAAAUUUUAGCAUCCAAAUUUUAAGUUCAACUUCAAUCAACAAAAUGAUUUUUCAGUUUUUUGUUAAUAAUCGUUAUGGGUCCAUUGUAAUUUUUGCUUUUAAUGCAUCCAAAACCAGUCAAGAAGCUAUGAGUCUUUUUGGAAUAGAUUCUAAAAACGGAAUUAUAUUUGUCAGUAAUAAUUUAAAUAUUGCAACUCAAAAAACUUAUGUAAUUUAUGUUAUUGCGCAAGAUAAUAAUACAUUGGUAACAGAUGAUGAAGCGAUGUUAACUAUAAGUAUUGUUGACAAUAAUAACAAUUUUCCUCUAUUCAGCAUUGUGCCAUAUGUUUUUCGAUUCAAUAAUAAUGAAAGUAUUGGUUAUUUUGUAGGAAGUGUUUUUCCAACAAAUGUAAAUUCUACCAUUUUAGUCUUCAAUAUUCUCCAAAGUCAAUAUAGUUCUUUCUUUGCAAUUGACAGUUCUGGUAAAAUAACAUUAGCAAAAACAUUCACUAAUGGAAUAGGGGUAAAAUCAUUUACAGUUGCUAUUUGUGCUAAAGAUUCUGCAGCUGAUUACAAGAAGGACUGCACAGCUGUUGACAUCAUUGUUCAAAAUGUUAUGGACAGAUUUCCAACACCGGUUUUUGCUUUUGGCUCUGGUAUAAUAUCACUAUAUGAAAUGCUUGAUGUUGGAACACCCAUUUUUCAAUUAGCUGCAAGUUAUUCAAAUGGGAUUGUAGGGUAUACGUUAAAUAGUUAUACUGAUACCUUUCAAGUUGACUCUCAAACAGGAAUUGUUAUUUUAACAAAAAGUCUAAAUUCUAAAAUAGUGCAAAAAUAUGAUCUUUUUUUCACAGCAUUUGAUGUAAAUAAUGUCAUGGUUAAAACUGAUAAUUAUCAGUUAACUGUUUAUGUUUUUAACUCCAGUUCAACUGGUUUUGAUAGUUAUUUAUAUCAAUUUCAAGUAGAAGAAAAUUCACCUAAUGGAAUGGUUGUAGGCACUAUUGCCACAGUAAAUAAUCAGCAAGUGUCUUAUUUCAUUUUAAACAACCAGUUUAGCAAUGUGUUUUCUUUAAGCAAUAGUGGUGGUUAUGUACAGAUAGUUGUGGUUGGGUCCAUUGACCGAGAAAUUUUAGAUAAAUAUGUGCUUACUGUUUGUGUCACUGAUAAAGGAAGUUUGCAAGGUUGUGCUCAAGUUUAUAUUAGUGUAAAUGACAUCAAUGACAAUGCUCCAGUUUUUUCCUCCCCAAUAUAUAGACUUACAAUUUCAGAGAAAGUACCAAUAGGAUUUGUUUUAAAAAAGUUCAGUGCUACAGAUAAAGAUAUAGGUGUUAAUGGUCUGGUAUCUUAUUUAAUUGACAACAGUACUAACAUAUAUUCCGAUUCAUUUUAUCUUAAUAGUACAAGUGGAGAAUUGCAACUUUCAGGUAAAUUUGACUAUGAAUUAUAUACAAGUUACAUGUUAAAAAUAAAUGCACAUGACUCCGGCUCACCUCAACAAUCUACUUUCUGUGGUAUUGUGAUUUCUUUGACGGAUGUAAAUGAUAAUUCACCUGCUUUUACAAAUGGAGCUAUUUCAACCACUAUCAAUGAAAAUUUUCCAAUAAAUUCUGUGGUAUUGACAGUUCAUGCUGAAGAUAAAGAUAAAACCUUGGCCAACCGUCAAAUAAUAUAUUCAAUGCCUGGUGACGAUGACGGUUAUUUUAGCAUUAACUCCUUAACUGGUGAUAUAAUUCUUAAAAAAAGCCUUGAUGUUGACUUAUUAAAUAAUAUAUAUUACCUAACUGUUGUGGCUAACGAUCAAGCUGUUGAUAACACACAAUCUAAUCCCAUUGCUGAAUCAAGAAUUGGAGUUGAAGUUGUAACUAUUUAUGUUAAUGAUAUCAAUGAUAAUUCUCCAAUAUUUACAACAGGCCGUUACAUAAUAUAUGUUCCAGAAGAUGUUCUUGUUGGUAGUGUUUUAUUUCAGUUUAUUGCUAAUGAUGCUGACAAGUCGUCAAUAUUUAACACACUUCAAUAUAUUGCUAUUGAAAUCAAUUCAGAAUUUUUAAUGCUAAAUCAAACUAGCGGGAUGUUGACAGUUAAAAAGAAGUUUAACAAUCAACAAAAUUUCACUGUUGUUGCUAAAGCACGUGACAGUGGUAUGCUUGAAUCUAAUAAUGUAACAUUGGUUAUUUAUGUUGAUAAUGUAAUUGGAAACACACCUCGUUUUAACCAAACAUCUUACUAUGUAAAUAUAUUUGAGAAUACAAUAAUUGGGACCAAGAUUUUCACCAUAACUGCAACUGAUGCAUAUAGUACAAGUCUUACCAAUAAUGUAUUAUAUUCAAUAGUUGACCCAGAAAGUUCUGGUAUUUUUGAUAUAAAUAGUUUAGGUGAGAUAACAAUCAAACAGCCUUUAGAUAGAGAGAAAAGAGAAAGAUAUGAAUUUUUGGUGGUUGCAACUGAUACUGCACUUUCAUUGACUCAAAGUAGUCAAGCAUGUGCAUUGCUUACUAUUGUAAUUAUUGAUGUAAAUGACAACAGACCAGUUAUCACUUCAAGUUCAACUACAAUAUAUUUGCCCAUUUCAAUCUCAUUAAAUUCAUUUAUUUUUGCUUUCACAGCUAUUGAUUUAGAUUCUUCUUCGAAUGUUGUAUUUCUAUCAGCUGAUCCUUCGAAUGCUGCAUGGACCUUUUUCAAAUUAGACAUGUAUAGUGGAAUUAUUAAUACAAAAUCUCUUUUUGAUUUGAAUUCAAAGAUGGAAUAUAAUUUAAGUGUUGUAGCAAGAGAUUCACCAAGUUCAUUUUAUCUCCAAUCUGAUCCAGUAACAAUAACAAUUAAAAUUUUAACUGAUGUCAACCAUUUGCAAUUUACUUUAUUAAAUUACCCCUUUUCUAUUGAUGAAAACAUGCCAUCUGGAAGUUCUGUUGGGAGUGUUGUAGCUUUUGGUUCAAGUUCUAUAGAGUAUUCCAUUAGUGGUGGAAUAGACAGUCUUAAUACUUUUAGAAUUGAUAAAACAUCUGGUUAUAUUAGCUUAAUUGCAUCCCCAGAUUUUGAGUCACAAUCCUCAUAUACGUUUAAUGUAAAGGCUCAUGAUAUGAUGAAUCAGAAAUAUGAUGCUUUUUGUAUUGUUACUGUGAAAGUUAAUGAUCUAAAUGAUAUAUGGCCUAUUAUAGACACUGUAACCAUAGGUAAUAUAUCUGAAAAUGCUGGACCUGGACUAGUAAUUGCAGUAAUUCAUGUUAAAGAUAUGGACACUUCAACUAUAUCAGAAAAUGGUUUGACAUUUUUUAUAAGCCCUAAUAAUUUUCCAGUGAAAAUAAUUAAAUCAUAUCAGCAAGCAGAAGCUACAGUUUUAACAAUUGGAGAUUUUGAUGCAGAGGAUCCUAAUUCUAACAGUAAUAGAUUUAAUGUUACAGUUACAGAUGCUGCCGGACAUUCAAGUUAUAAAGAGAUAAACUUUUUAGUUGUUGACCAGAAUGAUAAUAGUCCAGUUUUUUCAAAACAGUUUUAUAGCUUUACUGUUUUUGAGAACUCUCCUGAUAAAACAAUUAUUGGCAGUGUUGUUGCUGUAGACAAUGAUAAGUCUGAUAUAUACAAAACUAUUAGAUAUUCAUUCAGUGAUCCUUUAGCAAAUCCUAACAUUAUUAUUGAUCCCAUUAGUGGAGUUAUUUCAACAAAUGGAGUAAUAGAUUUUGAGACAAUGCCAAGGUAUUAUUUAAAUGUUAUUGCUACAGAUAGCUUCACUCCAACAGUAAGAAAAACUUGUGCAAUAGUCAUUAUUAAUGUUGGUGAUCAAAAUGAUAAUGCACCAGUCUUUACUUCUGCCACAAAUUUCAGUGUUUCAGAAAAAACUGUAAUUGGAACUGUUGUUUUUAUACUAUCAGCGAUAGAUGCUGAUGCCAACACAAAAAUAACAUUUUACUCUCAAAUGGACUCUACUUUUAAAAUCACUCCUCAAGGUUAUGUGAUUUUAGCAACUGAACUUGACUAUGAACAGAUCCAACAAUAUACAUUUACAGUUGUGGCAACAGACAAUGUUCACAACACAUUUCAGUUGAUUACAGUUAAUGUUAUUAAUGAAAAUGACAACGGUCCAGUGUUCUUUAAAAAUUUUUAUGAAGCUUUCAUUACUGAAAAUAAACUUUCCAUGAACAAACCAUUUUUAGUUGUUACUGCCAAUGAUGGUGAUUUACCUCCAUUUAAUAUUGUAACAUAUGAGCUGAUUGAUUUAGACAAUUUAGGGUCUAUGUUUCAAUUUUAUUUGUUAGACUCAAAUGGAGGUAUUUCUUAUCAAGGAACAUUUGAUAGAGAAGUUAGAGAACUUUACAGAUUUUUAGUCAAAGCAACAAAUGCCGGAAAUCCUACUAGAAGUGCAAUUACUUAUGUUGAAGUUACAAUAUUAGAUGAAAACGAUUAUCCUCCGAUUGUGCCCAGUCCAUCUUAUAACUUGACUAUAUCUGAAAAUACUCUUGUUAAUCAAUUGGUACUGCAUAUUGAUGCAAAAGAUCCAAAUAAAUGUGCUAAUGGUUCCAUUGUGUUUUCAUUUUCACCUGGAACUGAUCCAACUGAGUCAUUUAGAAUUGAUCCCAAGGAAGGUGAUAUAUAUGUUAAAAAUGGUUUAAGUUAUUCUAAACAAAAUGUUUACCAGCUACUAGUUAUUGUGAGAGGAUGUUCAGUUACUCAGCCUCUCUACACUUAUGUAAAUGUUUUCAUUUAUCUCACUGAAGAAAUAGGCAAUUAUCCUAGCACACUUUUAAGAAUUAGUGUUAGUGAAAACACAGCCAUAAAUUCGGUUGUUGUGACCACACAAAGCAUGCAGGUAUGGAAUGUGAAUAAUAAUCAGUUAUUUUAUGAAAUUGUUUUCUCUGACAGUUCUGACAGCUCUGUGUUAAAAAUAAAUUAUUUAACUGGGGAAGUUAUGUUAAUUCAGCCAUUAAAUUACGAGAUUAAAAAUGAGUAUAUUUUUAUACGGCGUGCUGUGUUAAACGGCGUAAUCUAUGGUGUUCAAACUGUAAGUCUUAAGAUUAUUGAUGAAAAUAAUAACAAUCCUAUCUUUGAUUUACCUAAUCAACCUAUUACUGUUAGUGUUAAUGAGCAUUCUCAGAUUGGAUCAUGCUUAACACUAGUUAAUGCAUCGGAUGCUGAUGCAAGAAGUCGUGGAAAAUUAGUUUUCUCAAUUAACCCCCCAGUUGCUGGGUUUAUGAUUAUAAGUGUUAAAGACAUGGGUGAGAUAUUUCUUGAAAAAGAUUUGAAUGCAGAAGAGAAAAUGCUUUAUCAACUUGUUUUGUCAGUAAGUGAUUCUGAAGGUAGAUCUAGCGUGGUUUCUAAGAUUAUAAAUAUUCAAGUUGUCGAUAUAAAUGAUGAACCUCCAACUUUUGCUCAGUCUGAGUAUAUAUUUAAUAAACUUGAGGGACCUUACCAGAAUUCUUUUGUUGGCACAGUUACUGCUACAGACAAAGAUGUCACACCAACAAAUAAGGCUAUUUCAUAUAAAAUUGUUAACAAUGAUGCCAGCCAAGUAUUUGGAAUUGACACUUUAGGAAACAUUUAUUUGAAAAAAGAACUAGAUCGAGAAAUGGUAUCUAAAUAUACUUUUAUGGUUGAAGCUGCAAAUAUAAUUAAUGGCCAAAAGACUUUAGUUGGUAACUGUUUUGUCAAUGUGAUUGUUGAUGAUACCAAUGAUCAUGUUCCUACAUAUAAUGGGGACGUUAGCUUUAGUUUUUAUGAAAAUGUUCCUAUUGGCUCAACACUUUUUGUAAUAAAAGCAGAAGAUCUAGAUUCAAAUUCAGAAUUAGUAUACUCAUUUGAUUAUAUUGGUGCAAUACGAUCACCAAUUUCAACACUUGGUUUAAUAAACGUUGAUCAAGUGUCUGGAAGAGUUACAUUGCUUGAUAGUUUUGAUUAUGAAAAAGCUACGGAAUACAUUAUGUCUGUAAAUAUAUAUGAUAGAAGUUCUCCACAAAAUAUUUUGAAUGUAAAGUUCAACAUUCGCAUACUUGAUGUAAAUGAUAACUCUCCUCGAUUUAAUGUACGCCCUCAAACUCAACUUCAAUAUUUCAUUGGAGAAGAUACACCUUUUAACUAUACAAUAGCUUUUCUCACAGCUACUGAUAAUGAUUUUGGCUCAAAAAUUAAUUACAGUCUUGUAAAUGUUUUUAACAGCAACUUUGCAGUUGAUCAAAACACUGGCAGGCUUUACACAAUUGGUUUAUUUGAUUACUUAGUUUCAUCCCAGUACUAUUUACUUGUUGUUGCUUCAGAUAAUGGUUAUCCUCAACUCUCAGAUGCAUUACCUGUUGUAGUAAAUAUAAUAGAUUUGAAUAACCACAAUCCUGUUUUCACGCAAACAAAUUAUAAUAUAACUAUUCUUCAAGGUACUCCUGCUGGUUUAUCGAUUGGGAAAGUCUCAGCCGUUGAUUUAGAUUCUGGAAUAUAUGGUCAAGUAAACUAUUUCUUUAAAUCUGGAAGGACUGACAUGUUUAGAAUUGAUCAGCGUACUGGCGAUAUAUUCACUCUAGGUCAAGUAACCAUCACCUCAAAUUUGAUAGACAGGUAUGAAAUCCUUGUUGGAUCUCAAGACUCAGAUCCUGUGAGUCCAAGGUCAUCUCAAGAUGUCAAAAUUAUUGUUAAUGCUAUAAAGAUUAAUGUAGAAGUUGUGCAGCCAAUGUUUUAUCAACCAUAUUUAGAGAUAUAUGUCAGAGAAGAUCAACCACUUGGGGUGGUAGCUAACACUUUAGCCACAGUAACUGGUGGAUUAGUUAACUAUUCUAUUGUCAUAGAUGGUUCACAGGCAAGGCUGGGUGUAUCUAAAUUCUCAAUAGAUAUGCAAGGAAAAAUCUCUUUAAACUCCUUCUUAGAUUAUGAGCAAACUCAAUUUAUUUCAUUUUCCAUUAAAGCUCAGGUGAUUGGAAGUAAUAUUUUUGGAACACAAAAUGUUUUAGUAAUUGUACAAGAUGUUGAUGAUAAUAUUCCUGUUUUUUCAGAGCCCCAGCAGCAAACGGUAACAAUACCAAGUUUAGUAAACAUAGGAAUAAUUGCAUUUGUAAAAGCUAAUGAUACUGACUCAGUAAGUAAGGGAAAGUUGAAAUUUUCUUUAAUCAAUGAUUAUGGCAAAACAUUCUCUAUAAUUAGUGUCAAUGAUGUUGGAUUAGUAAUACUAAAUCGUAUAUUGAUUGGAGAGCCAAAUUAUUUGCUCGAAGUACAGGUACAAGAUCCUGCUGGCCACACAGCUGCACAAACUAAUCUUAUUAAAGUUUUUGUCAAUUCUGGACAAGUUCAGUUUCAGUUUACAAAAACGCUGUAUAAUUUUUUUAUUCCAGAAUAUUUUGAAGCUGGAUAUGAAGUUGGGUAUGUUUCAGUAUUUAUUUCUGACUCGGUUACGUCUUUAUUAUCUAGUAACACAGGAAUUGAAUAUUCAAUUGUUCCAGCAGGUGGUGCAGAGUAUAUUUUUAAUGUCCAAAAUAACGGUUCCAUUUUUUCCAAAAUUCCAUACAAUAGUAAAACACCUUACCUAUUUUCAGUACAAGCUAAUAUAAGUGCAUUAGGUUUAACAGCAGUAACCUGGGUUUAUGUUAGUAUUUUGCCUCAAAAUAAGAAUCCCAUAUUUUUUUCAUAUAAUAAAUACACUCUCACUGAGGAUUUUCCUACUGAAACUGUUAUAUUUAAAGUAGUUGCUAUAGAUGAUAGCUCUGAUGUUGUGUAUUCGAUAGAUCAAUGCACAGGAGAUUUGUUGCUGAGUAUUAAUUCAUCAACAGGUGAGGUAGUUUACAAAAGUGGUUUAAACUACGCAAAAGCAAAUACUCACACAUGUCAAAUAAGAGCUCAAGACCAAACAAUGUUGUUUGCAACUCAAAUGAUAACCAUUGAUGUGGUAAAUGUAAAUAAAUACAAUCCAAUAUUUGUACCAAAAUUUACUGGAAAAAAGUAUUAUAACUCAAGUAUAAUAGAAAACUCUGUUGCUAUUCAGCCUGUAGUGACAGUACUAGCUACAGACCAAGACUCUGGUGUUUUUGGUGCAGUUCAAUACAGUAUUGUGAAUGCAUUAACUUCUAUGCCAUUUUCAAUCAAUCCUAUCACUGGGUCUGUUUUUACAACUGGAGUACUUGACUACGAGAGUGUUAAGGGUUAUGAAGUUUUGAUAAUGGCUGCUGAUGGCGGAUCACCACCUAGGACAGAUGUUAUAUCUGUACUGGUUAGUGUUAUAGACAUCAAUGAUAAUUUCCCUAUAUUUGACUCUUUAAGUUACUCAGUAACUGUAUUUUCAAAUACUCUGGUUCCAGCAAUAAUACUCCUUGUACAUGCUACUGAUAAUGAUGUUGGAAAUUUAUAUAUCUCAUACGCUUUAGCUUCUGGAAGCAAUAACAAGUUUUCAAUUGAUGAAAAAACUGGUUUGAUAUCAUUAAUUGGAACUUUAGACUAUAAUGAUAUUUCACAGAGAUAUUUUGAAAUUGUAGUUACAGCAACAGACUAUCAAAUCGGAUAUUCAAGCAAAACAUCAGCAGCUAUUGUUAAAAUCAAUGUUGUUGAAGGUAAAAACAAUCAAAUAAGAUUUGUUGAAUCGUAUAAGUUCAUUGAGUUGUUCAAAAACCAAUCAGUAAAUGUUGUUCUAUUUACUACUCAAGUAGCUCCAUCAAAUAUUAACAUUUCUUUUAGUAUUGUUCAAGGAAAUGACAAUAACAAUUUUCCGUUUCUGAUUGAUUCAAGUGGAUCUGUUUAUUUAAAUCAAUCACUAGGAUCUGUGUUUCAAACUGAAUUUGCAUUUUUUAUUAAAGCAGUAAGGGUUUCAGAUCAAUCAUUCUCUUUUCAGAGUAUCAUUGUAAAUGUAUUAAAUUCAGAUGAUGAAAAGCCUGUAUUUGGACAACCUUUUGUUCGCGUGUUAAAUCUUAAUACAUUAUAUACUGUAGGACAAGCUGUAUCUUUUGUUACAGUUGCAGACAAUGAUUCUUCAGAUUUUGUGUACAGCAUAACACCAGAUAAUGUCCCUUUCAAAAUUGCAAAUAAUGGUUAUGUUGGAAUACUUUAUAUUUCGGAGAUGUUAGUGCCAAACAGUUACACAUUUAAUGUAUCAGUCUCAGAUGUUGAUAUGACAGGAAAGUUAAAGAACAAAGCUGAAAAUGAUAUUUUAUAUAAUGUUAUUGUUAGUUCAGUUUCUAAUGGUUUAAUUACGUUUAGCCAAUCUAUUUAUAUCUUCAAGGUAAAAGAAGAAGAUAGUGCACCUAAAACAAUUGGAAGUGUUUAUACAGAUUCUGUUAGUCCUGUUAAAUUUAGUUUAGUUGAAUUGUAUCUUUCAAAUAUCUUUUUUGUUAAUGCUAUAACUGGUGACAUUACAGUACUUAAGGUGCUAGACUAUGAGUCUACCAAACAGUAUAUCUUUACCAUCUCUGCAACAAAUGAAAAUGGAUAUAGUGCUUCAACAAUUGUUAAUGUUAUAGUAGUUGAUGUAAAUGAUAACAAGCCAUUAUUUAAAGGUCCAUCAAUAUACAAUGCCUUUGAAAACACUGAGUUAGGUUCAUUGUUGUUUACUGUUUUUGCUACAGAUCAAGAUAGUGAAAAUAACAGUAUGUUGAUCUUUUCCUUAGAAACCAAUGUGCCGCAGAUUCAAGUGAACCCAUACUCUGGAGAUGUUGUUUUAGUUAAGAAAUUAGAUUAUGAAAGUAGCAAUAAAAUUGUUUUUAAUAUUUCAGUAAGUGACCAAGGUAUUCCACAACAAACUUCAAAACAGUUGUUCACACUACUUAUUGGUAAUUUAAAUGAUCAUAAUCCAGUUUUUUAUUCUCCUGAAGAUAUAAUUAUUUCAUUGCGAGAAGAUAAUAGUAUUUAUAGUGAUGUUGCCAAUGCUUCUGCUACAGAUUUUGAUGCUGGUAUUUUUGGACAAGUUUUCUAUUCAUUAUUUAGUACCACACCAAUGCUGCCAUUUACUAUAUUACCAACAGGUAUUAUAAAACAAAAUUCAACUCUUGAUUAUGAAAAAAUUAAAUCGUACAACUUUUUUGUACAGGCUAGUGAUGGCGGAUCUCCACCUAGAAUUGCUGUAAAAGCUGUCUCUAUAAACAUUAUUAAUGUUAAUGACAAUAUUCCCUUCUUCUCACAGCUUUUUUAUUCCAUUGCAAUAUCAGACCAAACACCUAUUGGAACUGUUUUUCUUCAAGUUACUGCUCAUGAUUAUGACAAUGGCAAUAUAAAUUAUACAAUAGUUAGGGGAGGAAGCAAUAGCUUUGGUAUUGAUGUUCAGAGUGGCAGCAUUUUUGUGGCAUCUACAUUAAAUGCAAAUCUUAACAGUUAUUAUGAACUUUUAGUAAAUGCUAGUGAUGGAGGCCCAAAUAUGGCUAGUGUAAAAGUAUAUAUAAAUGUCACAUCUACCAAUCAACCUCAUUUUGCAACCUUUGUGCAGUAUAUUUCAUUAUAUGAAAACACUAUUCCUCAAAUCAUUGGGCGAUCACUUGUUGUAAACACAAACACCGUUACAUAUUCUUUAGAGUACACAGAUGCUGGUUCUAAGUUUUCAAUAGACUCUGUUUCUGGUUAUAUAUAUCUGAUUGGAACAUUAGAUUAUGAGAUGCAGAAGGAGUAUGUUUUAACAGUAUCUGCAACAAAUGAUUUUUAUAGUGGAUACCAGCUUGUGCGGAUUAUUGUCAUGGAUGUAAACGAUAACAAACCAUACCUGACACCAGCUGCACAAACUGUCACAAUAAGUGAAGCUACUCUUACAUCCCAACCAUUUGCAUUUUUAAGAGCUUUUGAUGCGGAUUCAAUUAAUAAAAAUAACUUAUCUAUUUCUAUUUCAAGUCAGUUUGAUGCAUUUCACUUAGAUUUUGACAAUCAAUUGAUGGCAUAUUUAUAUGUUAAAAAGGAUUUGUUUUUGUUAGCUCAAUCCCAUUAUACAAUCAACCUGAUUAUCAGUGAUGGGCUUUUUGCAACAAAUGCUUCAGUUUUUGUCAACAUUAUUCCUGUUGGACAAAUAAUGAAUGAUCUUCAGUUUCAAUCCUUUUUUUAUGCGUUUCAAGUUUCAGAGUUAAAAAAGCCUUAUGAAAUCUUUGGCAUAGUUUUGGCCACUUUCAACCAAAAUAAUCCGCUUCCAAUAUCCUAUGCAAUUUUUGAGACAGAUUUACCUUUUAUUAUUGAUUCAAAAACUGGUGAAUUAAGUUUAAAAACUGCUUUAGAUUAUGAGCAAACAGAGAUCUUUAUUUUUCAUGUUGUUGCCAGUGCUCAAGAUUCUAAUCAAUCUUUUGUGGCUUACUCAUCUGUUGUGGUGAAUGUGCUAAAUGCAAAUGACAAUGGACCAGUUUUUGACCAACCAUUAUAUGUUCAGGUGGUUGCUGAAAACUAUCUUGUAGGUACAACAGUACUUCAGGUGCAUGCUACUGAUAAAGAUAUUGGUGUAAAUGGAUUAAUGACAUACAGUUUAAAUGUUUCUGGUGUGAAUCCUUUUUAUAUUGACCCAAAUACUGGUGUAGUUAUGCUUUCAAAGCCUUUGGACUUUGAAAGUAGAAAAUCAUAUAAUAUUACAUUAUACGCCACAGAUAGUCAAAAUGUUGGCAGUGCACAACUACAAGUCCUUGUGUUGGAUUCAAAUGACAAUGCACCAUUAUUUCAAAAAUUGUUUCAAACAUUUGUUGUGCCAGAACAAAAAGCCAAUGUUCUCGUAGGGUGUGUUGUAGCUUCAGAUUAUGAUGCCACUACAUUGAAUAACCAAAUAACAUACAAUCUUUUGUCUGCUGGUUCUGAUUAUAACAAUGCUUUUUCUGUAAAUAAAUCUGGCUGCAUCGUUUCGUCUGCAAAACUUGACCGCGAGAUACAAGAUAAGUAUCACCUUACUAUGGUAGCAAGUGACAAUGGUGUGCCUAGCCUUUCUGGGUAUACUGAAAUAGUGAUUUUUGUUUAUGAUGUUAAUGAUAAUACUCCCAAGCUUGCUCAUUCUGUUUAUGAUUUACAAAUAUCAAAUUUAGUUCCAACUGGUACCUUGUUGAUAUCCCUUCAAGCAACAGAUGAAGAUUUAGGUGUUAAUAGCAAAAUAAGCUACUCUAUUAUAAGUGGAAAUACUGGUUCUGUGUUUUCAUUAUUGUCAAACGGCGAUGUUAAAACACAGUCAAGUAUGAUGAAUACUAAUAUAACAUUUUACCAGCUUAUUAUAAAAGUUGAAGAUCAGGGAAAUCCAGCUUUAUCAUCAAUUGUAACACUCAAUAUUGCAGUUAUUGGUUUAAACAUUUUCAUGCCACAGUUCGAUAGAAAUGUUUAUGAAGUCAGUGUAAAUGAAAAUUUUGUAGGCAACAUUUUUCAAGUUAAUGCAUCUAUUGAUCCCUCUAUUAACUUAACAGUGCAUUAUGCAAUUGUGGAAACAUCUUUAUUAGGAAAAAACAAAUUGUCUGUUGAUGACACAGGUCUCAUCAGCAUUCAAAGAGCUUUUGAUUAUGAAAGUGCGCCCACAUACAUCUUUAUAGUGAGAGCAUUUACAGUUAUUCAUCCUGAAGUUUUCACUUCAGUAGUAUUUCGUUUGUCUGUAAACAAUACAAAUGAUAAUAGUCCAGUAUUUGAAAGACUCUCAUUUACAGUAUCUGUUGCCCGACAGUCUAAAGUUGGUACUAUUAUUUCUACAGUGUAUGCAUAUGAUGCUGAUGAGAAUGCUAACAGCUCAAUAACUUAUAGUUUUCAACCUAACCAAAUGGACAAAGAUUUAUUUGGAAUUGACUUGAAUUCAGGAGAUAUAAUGUUGUUGCGUGAAAUACAAUUUAAAGACAUAAAAGUUUAUACUUUGAAAGUGUUUGCAUUUGAUUCAUUUGGAAAAGUGUCAAAUCUGCCUGCAACAUUGGUUGUCAAGAUAUAUCCAGACAAUAUGUUUAAACCAACUUUUUCUGCAUCACCGCUAUAUUAUAUUGUCAGUGAAGGUGCACCAUUAUCCACUUUUGUUGGUAGUGUUGUUGCUGUAGAUAAUGAUGUUAAUUUACCUUCAUUCGCUAUUCUUGAAAGACCUGAAGCAGAAAACUAUGGCAGCAUAUUUUAUUCCAUUUUGUCUUCUUCUGGUAGCAUUCCCUUCUCAAUAAGUAGCUUCGGAGUUCUUUCAGUUAGUGGACCAUUAGAUAGAGAAACUAAAUCAAUAUAUGAUUUGUAUGUUCAAGCAAUUGACGGAGGAAAUCCUGGAUUAAGUUCUGUAAAGCUUGUUACUGUUUUAAUCACUGAUAUUAAUGAAAGACCAGUAUUUGUUAAGCAAAAUUACAGCAUUGAAGUUAUGGAAUCAAUCCCUCUUGGUUUCACAAUACUUGCAGUUUCUGCUAAAGAUUCAGACACAUUUUCAAAUGGAGUAGUAAAUUAUGCCAUAGUUUCAGGUAAUGAAGAUUCACAUUUCCAAAUUGACACAACUACUGGCAUAAUAUCAUCUUAUGAUUAUUUAAAUUUUGAUAAACAGCAAUACUAUGUGUUAGAAAUAAAAGCAACAGAUCGAGGUACACAGCAAUUAGCAUCUGCAUUGAAUGCCUUUGUUACAAUUAAGGUACUCAAAGAUCCUAUGGUAUGGCAGUACCCAUUCUUUAGUGUUUCUCACUAUGAGUUUGUUGUUGAAGAAAAUACUGAAAAAAUACUUGGUAGAAUCAUUGCCACUGGAUUACAAUCUGUAUCCUACAGAAUACUGAACACUAAUGAUUAUGCAUUAUUUACUAUUAACACCACAACAGGUUUAUUAGUUAUUACUAAUGCAGAUUAUGAAACAAAAAAAGAAUUAAAUAUCUAUGUAGAGAGUUAUUUUAGUUUUAAUCCAAAUUUGACCUCUGUCAUUAAUGUUUUUGUUACUGUUUUGGAUGUAAACGACAAUACUCCAAUAUUUAUCCUACCAGAACUCAAUGUUACAAUUAGUGGAUAUACACUUGUUGGUGAUAUUGUUGCUGUUUUUAAUGCCUUUGAUGCUGAUUCAACAAAAAAUGGAAAUGUAGAAUUUGGGUUAUCACAGUCUGAUAUAUUUUCUAUUAGUACGCUAAGCAACAACACUGGUAUUAUUAAGCUUAAUCGAAAACUGAGCGAAUCAAAAAGGGUGUACAAUCUUGUGGUGAGUUUAUCAGAUAUGGGAAUUCCAAAGCGUUAUGCUCCAGAUAUCAAUUUUACUGUUUUUGUUUCAAAUGAGUACACCAAUUCUCUAAUGUCGUUACCACCAGGUUAUAUUACUAUUAAUCUGAGUACUUCAAUUGGUUCAAGUAUAUACACUCUGAAAAUUCAAAACUUAAGUUCUGGUCAAAAUCCUUUAUUUGAACUAGUUAGUGUAUUUGGAGGACUUAUAAACCCUUUUAAUCUGAGUGCCGCAGGUGUGAUUAAACUUGUUAGAGAGCUUGAGCCUGUUGAUAGAUAUAUAUUAUUCAUAACUAUAAAAGAUCAAUCAAACCCUUCUUUCCUAGCAACUCUUACUUUUACGAUUAAUAUUUCACCUAGUGUAAUUUUUAGUCCGUACUUUGAUCCCAGUUAUUACAGUGUUGUUGUAAAAGAGGAUGUUCGAAUAGGUGCUGUCAUAAAAAAACUUUUUGUUGUUGACCCAAAUCCAUUUGUUAGUUUGUUUUUCCAAAUUGUAUCAGGAAACAUUGAAUCUGUUUUUUCAGUUAAUAGUAUUGGGCAAAUUGUUGUUCAGAAAGCUUUAGAUGCUGAGAAAAUUACCCACUAUUCACUGUAUGUAAGUGUAGCUGAUAGUUAUGGUCGAGCUGAAACAAAUGCAAUUGUAAAUAUCUUUGUUACAGAUGUUAAUGAUAACGCUCCAAUAUUCUUAAACAGCAGUUAUUACAUUCAAGUUAGAGAGGAUAUUUUAGUUAACACAACUAUUGAGACCUUUUUAGCGAUAGAUCCAGAUGUUAGUUCAAAUGGUUUGAUACAAUACAAAGUUGUUGAUUCAUCAGAUACAUUUGGAAUGUUUUUGAAUGGUAGUUUGUUUUUGAAAAAGUCUUUACAUUGGUAUUUUCAAAGAAACUACACUAUAAUGAUUGUUGCUAAUGAUGGUGGUUUUCCUCCAAAGUAUACUUCAUCACUUGUUUUUAUCAGUGUAAUUAAUAUCAAUUCUCCACCAUCAUUCGAUGUGCCAUUUUAUUCUUUGAGCAUACUGGAAACAGUUAAAGUUGGAUCUAGUCUUCUUUAUAUUGAAGUCACCGAUAACGAUGAAGGCAACAAUGGAAAUAUUUUUUUAAAUAUUUCCAAAGAUGUUGAGUCUGUUUUUGAAUUUGUUGGGCGAGUUUUAGUCUUGAAGAGUGCCUUGAACUAUUCCCUAAUCUCUAAAUAUGCAUUCACAAUAGAUGCCAAAGAUGGAGGUAUUCCUCCUUUGCAGGCAAUACCUAAUGCUAUAGUAAAUUUAACUAUUUAUGGUGUAUCCUCCCUUCAGCCUCACUUUUUACUUAGCAUGUAUAAGGUUAUGGAUUUAAUGGAAAAAAUUUUGUAUGAUACACCACUUCUAACUGUUUCUGCCUUUAUAAAUGGUAGCAAUCUGGGUAUACUUUACAUUCUAGAUGGGAAUGACUCUCAAUAUUUUACUAUUAACAAUAAUGGAAGCAUCUUCAGUAAAAUUGUUUUUGAUUAUAAAAAUCAGUCUUCUUAUAUAUUUGAAGUUAUUGCUCAAAAUAGUGCAAAUCUAAGUUAUUUUGAUAGAGCUGUUGUUAAAUUAUCUAUCAAAGAGACAAAUGACAAUGCUCCAGUGUUAUUACCCUUGGUGUAUAAUUUCAAUGUUAGCAAAAGAUCACCUGUUGGUACAAUAAUAGGCAGAAUCAAUGCAACAGAUCAAGGUACCACAAACAAUAAACUAGUUUAUUCCCUUUUUAAUACAACAAAUAACUUGUUUAUAUUGAUUGGAGACUUACUUGUUGUUAAUGCACCAUUAGACUCAAGUUUACAAACUGAUUAUCAAUUUUAUGUUUAUGCUACUGAUGCUGGAGUUCCUCCACUAAACUCUGCUCUUGGAAAUAUAAUGAUUCACCUUUUUACCCCAUUUUCUGGUUUACCCCCAGUCUUUGAGAACAAUCUGUACGUAGUAAAUGUUUUUAACAAUAUUACUACAGAUGAUACAAUUCUAAAUGUUAGAGUCCAACUUGAUCAGAGCACUGGUAAUACAAUCAGUUAUUCAUUAGACUCAUCCACUGAUGCGUUAAGCUUUAAAAUCGACAGUAUAACUGGUGACAUUAGUUUAAAACCAGGUUUCAGAUUUUCAAAUCUUUUAAGGAGGACAUUAGCUUUUUAUGCAAUAGCUACAGAUCUUUUAGGUUUUUCAGAUAGAACUUUUGUUAUAAUUAACAUAAUAGACUCUUCUGGCAUUGACCAUACUAGACCCGUUUUCACACAAGAGGAAUAUAUAACAUCAGUAUCAGAGAGUAUAUCGAUUGGUAGCACUGUUGUAACUGUCCAAGCAAUAGACAUUGAUAGUGUUAUGCUAACAUAUUCAAUUUUGUCAGGAAACAAUUUAAAUUCAUUUUAUAUAACAUCAAAUGGAGCAGUUAUUGUUAAUAACUACCUUGAUAUUUCUACAAGUGGUGUCAAUUGCUAUGUGCUGAAAGUGUCAGCUAAAGAUGAGUUGAAUCAGACAUCUGUCAGGAGUGCGAUAGUGACAAUAAACAUAGUACCUUCUAAUCAGACUGUUAAAAACUUAACUUUUGAUAAUUCUACUUAUUUGUUUUCUAUUCCUGAAAAUACAACAAUGCAAAAAAUUGGUUCUGUUAUGGCACAAAUAUCUAAUGGCAAACAAGAAUAUGUUCAGUACAAAGUGUUAGGGUUGAAUAGUCUUUUUGAAAUGAAAGGUGCAGAUCUUUGGUCAAUGCAAGUAUUUGAUCGAGAACAGAUAGAUAGAUAUGUUUUUCAAAUAUUAGCUUACUCAAACAUCAGCAGUUUUGAUAAAGCAUUAGUCAUUGUUGAUAUCUCAGAUGUAAAUGAUAAUGCUCCUGUGUUCAGUGAUACUCCAAUAAUAAGCAUAAUCUUAUCAGAGUUUUCACCAGUUCACUCAGUUGUUGCUACUGUCAAAGCCACAGAUGCUGAUAUUGGUGUAAAUGCUGAAGUAGACUAUAACGUUUCCCCAAAUGAUACUUUUUCCAUUGAUAAGUAUGGUCAAAUUUUUCUUCUUAAAUCUUUCACACAUGACACUCCUGAUAUAAUCAGUAUUACAGUUAUAGCAUAUAAUCUAGAUUCUCCUAAUCAGAGCUCUAUGUCAUUUACCGCUUAUGUGAUAAAAGAACAAGUUCCUCAGUUUAAGAAUACAACUUAUUAUAUUUCUUUAAGUGAAACAAAUAACUCUGCAAUUAUUUUUACAUUAACAGCUUUAUCACCUGAAAUUGUGAACUAUACAAUGAAUCCCGGUCGUGAUAAUAGUGUCUUUGAAAUAACCUCAAGCGGACAAUUAAAAAAUAUUCUGCCCAUUGAUUAUGAAUUAAAUAAAUAUUUUGACCUAUGUGUACAGGCACAUGGUCAUUCAAUUAUUAUGUCCUCAAUUAGUAUUCAUAUUGAUGUUCUCGAUAUCAACGAUAAUGCUCCUGUUGCAGAGAAAUCUUAUUAUGAAGUUAAUGUUUCAGAGACUUCAUUGUUAAAUACGCAAAUUGUUACCAUCUUUGCUAAUGAUUUAGACAGUGGAAGUAAUGGUGAAUUGGCUUAUGAAAUAAAAGAUGGUAACAUCAAUAAUACUUUUUCAAUAAAUAAUGAAGGUGUUAUUACAUUAACAAAACUUUUGUACUCUAUGAUCAAUUCUAUGUAUUUGUUUAAAGUUAUGAUAUAUGACAAUGGAGUUCCUAAGCUAAAUACAACAGUACAAGUGAAAGUCAAUGUUGUCAAGUUUGAAGAUGGUCUUUUCGAACUUUUUGUUUCUGAUUACAACAUAACAGUCAAUGAAAGUACUAGCAAGCAGUAUAUCACUAAAGUGUUUGUAAAGAAUUCAACAGGUCUAUCCAUAAUGUACUCAUUGAUUGGCUACACUGAUAUUUUUACUAUAAAUGAAGAAGGUCAAAUAUGGAGUUCAAGCAGUCUCAGUUAUACAAAACAAUCGAAGUACAUUCUUGUGGUAAAUGCUGUUACAAAUAAAGGGAGUCGUUUUGUUCAAAUCAUAGUUAAUGUUCGUGAAAUUAACCAUCAACCGCUUAUUACUGAUAUCUUAAAGUUCCCUAUUUCUAAAAAUGCACCCAUUGGUACCCUGGUGGCACAAGUUAUUGCUCAAGACCCUGAUUCCCCUAAUUCUCAAAAUGGGGUGCUUAACUAUUCAAUAACUUUAGGAAAUGAUAAUAACAUUUUUAAAUUUAAUGAAUAUGGAAACAUUUUAACACAAAAGUUGUUAACAUAUCAGCAAGCAGGCUUAUAUUAUCUCUCAGUAGUUGUCACUGAUAAUGGAACACCAAUUUUAAGUUCAGACAUCUGGAAUUUCACAAUCAAGGUUUCUAAUGGUGCCCUAGUUUUUGGUAACUCAAGUUACUUAUAUAAUUUUAUCGAGAAUUCAAAUAUUUCUAUAUCAGGCAUUGUAGCAACAGGUCUUGACAAUGGAGACAAUAUAUCUUAUUCUAUUGAACCAUUAGAAGCACAAAUGUGGUUUUCAUUUGGGUUUGAUAAUAAAAUCUAUCCUCGUAAAGUGUUGGAUUAUGAAACGUGGCAAGAGUUUUCUUUUAUCGUUGUAGCAACUAGUAGUAGUUAUGAAGCUAAAGCAGUAGUAACAAUACAACUAACAAAUGUUAAUGAUAAUGCUCCUGUAUUUUAUCCUACCAAUUACACAGUUGUAAUCCCCAUUAAUACUGCUGUAAACACUAAUGUUGUUGUAGUAUAUGCAACUGAUUUAGACAAAAGUACAAUAUUAGUUUUUUCUCUAAUUGAUAAUACAAACACUUUUUCAAUUGACAAUUCUGGAGUUAUCAGUACCAAAAAAUUACUUAGUUAUAGUACCAAUAUGUAUCAUUUGAUUGUCAAUGUCUCAGAUAAUAAAAAUAGUGCUGCAAACCAAGCUCAUGUAAUGAUAUAUGUUCAGUUUUUCCCUGUAACAUUUGAUCAACAACUCUAUCAAUAUAAACCUCCAAAAAAUAGCGCAAAUAUGGUCCUAGGAACAGUAAAUGCUUCAUCAGAUGUUGCAAUAUCUUAUUCACUUAUUGGAUAUAAUAAUCAAUUCACUAUUGAUCAGAAUAGUGGAGAAAUUAGAAUUACACAAAAUUUUGAUCAGAAAUAUUACUUUUUUGUAGUCACAGCAUCUACUCAAUAUAGCAAUGUUUCAGUUGCUGUAAUAGUUAUUGUAGCUGACUGCAGCGACGCACCUGUAUUUGUUGAGAAUGCUGACGUUUUUUUUUAUACUCCAUUGAAAGCUGAAUUUGUUGUAAAAACAAUGAAAGUAAGUAAUUCAAAUCAGUUGAAUACGAGUUCUGUGAUCUAUUCUAUAAAAAAUGUAAAUGAGAGUUUUUUUACAAUUGAUUCUCAAAGUGGACAAAUUUCUUUAAAACAAGACAUAUCAACAAGCAUGAUGUAUGAAUUGGUCAUAUCAGCAAGUAAUACCUGUUUUGAAACAACCACCAAUGUUACAAUAACUUUUGUUUCUAUUUCAAAUAGCACCACAUGUUUAGGCUACUCUUAUUGUAUAAAAGCUAUUUCUGAAGGUGAUAACUUUAUUUUAAAAAUAGACAUAAACACUUCUGAUAUAACAAAAUAUUCACUUAUCCCAUUGCAAAGUACAUUUGCUAUCGAUAGUUUUGGAAUAAUAACCAACAUCUCUCAACUUGAUUAUGAGACUCAAAGUAGUUAUUCUUUUUUAGUGAAGAUUGACAGCAGUAUAAACAGUGUUUUCAUACCUGUAGAAAUAGUUGUAACUGACAUUAAUGAUAAUGCUCCCGUCUUUGUAUCAUCCAAUUAUGAUAAAGUAUUUUCUUCUAAACCUGAAGCUGGUUCUACUUUGUUAAAAGUUUCAGCAACUGAUGCUGAUUCUGGUAACAAUGGAGUAGUUGUUUACAGUAUAGCUAAUUCAAGUCUACCAUUUUCAAUAAAUUCUACAACUGGUGAGAUAAAAGCAACAGCUGUUUUAAACAAGACGUAUAAAUUUGAUGUUACUGCUAAAGACUUAGGUAGUCCACCACUACAAACUUUGCUACCAGUUCAAAUAAGUAUAAAUCUUCCUCCCAUUUGCAAAUGGCAUAUGGAAGUGAGUAUUAAAGAGUCGGGUAUUGGUGAUGCUGAUGUUUCCGAUAUUGCUAUAAGUCAAAUUUCUGAUGAAAAUCUUAUAUAUUUAAUUGUUAACAACAGUAAUUUUACCAUUAAUAAUGCAGGUAAAAUUACUACAAAUGUGACGGUUGAUAAUGCUACUGUCGAAACAUAUUACUUACUUGUUAAAGUUUUUAGUUCACAAGAUGAAACACGUUUUUGUUAUACAAGAUUAAUAGUUAAUGUCAUAAAUGUGCCCAAAAUUCUUCCGUAUUUUAAUAAUGAUCUAAUUGAGAUAACUUUACCAGUUAAUUGGCCAUUUAAUGUGGAAAUAACAGUAAUUAGCGUAAUAAAUCCAGAAAAUCUUGCACCUAUAAAGUACACAUUGGAUAAUACCUCAACUUUUAGUAUUGACAGCAUUACUGGAUCCUUGACAUUAAAUCGCCUAGUAACAACUGCUGCACCUUAUACUCUUACUGUUGUUGCCGAAUUCCAAACUUCACAUAACUUAAAUGCAACUAAAACAUUAAAAGUAGUAUUUGCUAGUUCAAGUUUGGAUUCAAUUAAUGUUCAAGCUAUUGCUGCUCCAAAUGCAGAAUAUAUCAAUGUUAAUGUAGAUUUAGAUGAUUUCUUCAGUAAUCAGACAUGGAAGCAAUUUAAGACACUAAAUGUCUAUGUUCAAAAGUUUAAACAAGGCAUUUCUGAAAGAGUAGCAUAUUUACCACCUCUUACAUGGUUUUUAACAAAUGUUGCACUAGAUGGUACUGAUGAUUACUAUAAAACUUACUUAGCGCUUGUAGUUAAUAACAACCAGUUUACAAGAAAACGUCGUGACAUAAGUGCAGAUGGAAAACUUCAAUUAACAAUAGGAAAUGAAACUUGCAGCAUACAAAAUGAUCCACAAAUUCCAUGCAAUGGUAAACUACAGCCUGGUCAAACAUACAGAUUUCAUCUUAUUGGAUUUAAAAAUGGAAUAAAAACAGUAACACCAUUUUCAAAAGUACUUUAUUCAGGAGGUGUUUCAUCAUCUUUACCAUUCUAUUUGUCUGGUACAAGUUUGUACUAUAUUAUUGGACUUGUUGUUUUGGGUUCAAUUAUUGUCCUUCUAGUAAUUUUGUUAGCAUUUGCUGCACUUUUAUAUACAAGUCACCAAGUUCCUGGCUAUGAGAAUAUAAAUCAUGAUAAAGUAGAUGGUGGUAUUGAUUGGCCUAUCAAUAAGUAUAAUAGUGCAGAAUCAUAUAUACCAAGGGCUACAGUUGACAACCCUCUUUACAGUACAAAACCUUCAACUUUCACUCAAAAUAAUGAUCCGAAUUUUGAUGAAGUUGAUUCCAUACCAAGAGCGAGCUACAAACCUCAAAACCCGGUGCAAUUAGAAACGCAGGAAAUUCAAAUAAGCUUGGCUAGAUCAAAUGAUAGACAAAGUGUUUAUUUAUCUGGCAAAGGAGAACCUGAAGAUAGUCAAAUUCCGCAAGCGCCGCCACCUCCAGCACUUUUUAACCAAGGCUUAACCAAUUCUAAUUACAAUGGAACAACUCGGUCAACAGCUCAGCCAAAAUUAGCUCGCACAAGUUCCGGACGAGUGAUUUUGCAACAGUAGCACCUGCAUUUAAUUUUUUACAUUGUAAAAGCGAUUUUAUAUUAUUUUUAUUUGUAAAUAUUUAUGUUGUUUUUUAUUGUAAUUUUUGUAAAACUUUUUUUAUUUUGUAGUUAUAUUUUUAAAAUGCUUAUACUAAAUUAUUGGAUUUUGA